AUGUUUAGACAAUUACAAUCAAGUGUUUUAAGAACUACAUUCAGACCAAUCGUCAAUCAAACAAGAGCUUAUCAUCCAAAAGUUAUUGAUCAUUAUCAAAAUCCACGUAAUGUUGGAUCAUUAGAUAAAAAAUCUAUAAAUGUUGGUACAGGUUUAGUUGGUGCACCAGCAUGUGGUGAUGUUAUGAGAUUACAAAUUGAAGUUGAUGAUGCUACUGGUGUCAUUAAUGAUGUUAAAUUUAAAACUUUUGGUUGUGGUUCAGCAAUUGCAAGUUCAUCAUUUGUUACUGAAUUAUUAAGAGGUAAAACUUUAGAAGAAGCUGCUGCUAUUAAAAAUAAAGAAAUUGCUCAAGAAUUAAGUUUACCACCUGUUAAAUUACAUUGUUCUAUGUUGGCUGAAGAUGCUGUUAAAGCUGCUAUUAAAGAUUAUAAAACUAAACAAUUCCGUCCAUCCACUUAA